AAUGAUUAAACUUUUAAGCAGAUUUGCAUUCAAUACAAUAAAAGUAUAUCUUUCAAAAUAUUAAUAGCAACCAUCAGUAGCAGUAUUCAAUACCAAGAAAUAUGACAUAGACUACUUAACAAAGGUUAAUACAAGUCUUCCAGAAGAAAAAUAAGUCAAAUUAUCAUUUUUUGCAGAAUAAUUAAAUGAAAAUAGUGCCAGACUAGCACAUGAAUGUGAUACUGUAUGGUAAAUACUUUCUCUUACAUUCUAAUUAGUUGUUUUGUCAAUGAUAAAGUUAAUGCAUAAGUCUUAAGAAAGUUAUCUACACAAGGAGUAAAUUUAGUGGCCCUAAGAUGUGCCGGAUUCAAUAAUGUAGACUUAAAAGAAGCAGAAAAACUCGGAAUCAAUGUUGUAAGAGUCCCAGCUUAUUCUCCUGAAGCAGUUGCAGAAUUUUCUAUGGCUCUUCUUUUGUCUCUUAAUAGGAAGAUUCAUAAAGCCUACAAUAGAACAAGAGAUCAUAAUUUUGCUUUGGAUGGACUUGUUGGAUCAAAUUUACAUGGAAAAACUAUGGGAUUAGUAGGUCUAGGAAAAAUAGGAAUUUGCUUUGCUAAAAUUUGUAAAGGAUUUGGAAUGAAUGUUAUUGCCUAUGAUCCCCAUAGAGAUCAAAAACUAGCUGAAUCUUUGGGAUUUCAAUAUGUUGAUGAAAGUGAUAUCUUUUACUAAAGUGAUUACAUAUCCUUACAUUGUCCGUUAACACCUUAAACUAGACACAUUAUUAAUGAUCAUUCUAUAACAAAAAUGAAAGAAAAUGUAAUGAUUAUAAACACAGGAAGAGGUGCUCUUAUUGAAACUAAAGCAGUUGUUAAUGCUUUAAAAAAGAAAAAAAUCGGAGGCUUAGCAAUAGGUAUAAAUCUAAAUUAAUAUUUUAGAUGUUUAUGAAUAAGAAGAAAAAUUAUUCUUUAAAGAUGUAAGUUAAGAAGUAUUAACUGAUGAUGUUUUAGCAAGAUUGUUAUCUUUCCCUAAUGUUAUUAUCACUGGACAUCAAGCCUUUUUCACACAUGAAGCUUUAAUGAACAUAAGCUAAACAACCUUAAAUAAUAUUUAUGAAUUUAAGAUUAAAGGAUCUUGUAUAAAUUAAGUCCAUCAAUAAUGAG